UAUAUACUGUAUAAUAAAAUUGUGUAAAAUUAUUAUAUAAUAACUGAUCACAUUGUAGGUGUGGUUAUCUAAUACUUUAUUGUCCAAAAUAAAUACAGUAACCUAACUAUAGGUUAAUAACACCAGUAGUUUAAUAAUAAUAAUAAUAAUAAUAAUAUGGGUGUCCAGGGAUUGAUGGGCUUUAUUAAGGCUCAUAGUCAGCAACUGAUAACUGGCCAUCACUUACAUGAAACCUAUUUGGUUAUCGAUGGUAACAAUCUAUUGUAUAGACUGUACGGUUGGUCCAGUAAUGAUAGUAAAAACUUUAUCUAUGGCGGCGACUAUACCCGGUUUGCCGGUGCUGUCCAUCAGUUUUUUACUACACUAACCAGUUGUCGGAUACAACCGGUUGUAAUAAUGGACAGUUGUCUGGAUUGGUCGGGCAAUAAAUCGCUUAACUGUUUUGCUAAGCAUUUUGUUAGUGCCAUUAAGUUAGUAAAUUCAACCGAAACUACCGCAACCGCAACCACUACUACCAGUGCUAAAAGUUUGGACAGUAGUAGUAAUAGUAGACGUAGUCAUAAAAAUGAUGGUAAUGUCUCCAUAUUGCCAACACUGUCCAGACAAGUGUUUCAUCAGGUAUUGGAUCAGUUGUCGAUAGCCUGCUGUCAAGUCAGACACGAUUGUGACACCUAUAUGAUAGCACUGGCCAAUCAACUCGACUGUCCCGUAAUGUCCAGCGACAGUGACUUUUUUAUCUACAAUAUCAGCGCCGGUGUUAUACUAAUACAUAACGAUUAUCAACAGUUUGAUAGUUCAAUGACUGUCAGACAUUUUGAAGACCGUAAUAAUUGGCGUAAUCGACAAACGUAUAGAUAUUUGAAUACAAAAUUAUAUAAAAUUGAUAGACUAUUGAACUGUUUUCCUGGACUAACCGUUGAUUGUCUACCGGUGUUCAGUACACUAAUGGGCAACGAUUGUGUGAAUUAUAUUGAUAUGAAACCAAUUGUUGAAAAUGAUAUACCCGUUGAUGACUGUACUGACCGUACAAAUAGAUUUCUAAGUCAAAGAUAUUCAUAUGAAAAACAUCGACAAAUGGUUAAAGUAUUGAAUUGGUUGAGACAACAGUCAAGACAACAGGCCAUUGAAUCAGUUCAGUCGAUACUAACUAAUAGAUCGAUGACUGAUCUACAAGAAACAGUUGAAAAGUCAAUUAAAAAGUUUACCAUUGAUUAUGAUUCAAGUCAUACCAGCGAAACCUAUUUCAAUCGAUCAACCAAUUCAUUCAAUUGGACAGAAAUGGCCACAAAAAUGAUGGACAGUAGUCGCCGGCCAUUAUGGCGUUCAAUUGAAUGGUGUAAAUGUCAUCUGGUUAUGGUGGCUACUGCAUCACGUAUCGAAGAUCUAGCACUAGUAUCUACCUACCAGUGCUCAUGGAAAUUAAAACAGUAUAUCUAUGCAUUGAAAAUUGUUGAUGACGAUGAUGAUGGUAAUGAUGGUAAUGAUGGUAAUGAUGGUAAUGAUGGUAAUGAUGGUAAUGAUGGUAAUGAUGGUAAUGAUGGUAAUGAUGGUAAUGAUGGUAAUGAUGGUAAUGAUGGUAAUGAUGGUAAUGAUGGUAAUGAUGGUAAUGAUGGUAAUGAUGGUAAUGAUGGUAAUGAUGGUAAUGAUGGUAAUGAUGGUAAUGAUGGUAAUGAUGGCAAUGAUGGUAAUAGUGAUAGUAGUAGUAAUGGUAGCGAUGAUGAAGAUAUAAAGCACGAGACGUUAUUUUUAGAUAGAUUUCAAAACAAACUGAAAGUAUGUUCAUUGAAACCAAUGGUUAAAUUAGCCAAAAGUGGUCGUCCAGUACCACAAUUGAAUCAAAUAAGUGAUUUAACAAUCACUGAAAAGUAUGAAUUGAUUUCCGAAAUGUUAUUCGACGACAAAGACCAGCUUCAGUCCAUCGUUGAUGAAACCAGAAGUUGUUGUCUAAUUGGUCUUCAAUCAGAUGAAGAACUAGUAUUUCUGAUGAUUGUCAUCAGGUAUUGGUUAGGAAACACACCGAACCAGAUAUGGUAUGAAUUCCUCUAUUCACUAAUCAUUUGCAUACUAUUUACUGGUCAUUACACUUACGAUGACAACAACUACCAUAACUACUAUCAACCCAUGAAAUUGAUUGAAACUGUCGACAGAAAACAGACUAAAGAUUUCUUGAAUUCAAUGAACAGACCGUUGAAUGGCAGCGAACAGCCGUUUAUCGCAAGAAUUGUUCACUUUUACAAUGAAUUGCAAAACUGUUUGACAGACAUACGGACCAUCAAUACUGAACUACAGUCACCCAUACCUAUGGGUUGUUCACCAGAUAUAUGUCUGUGCGGAUCGUUUAUCUAUACACUAACCAAACGGUUGACACAAACCGCUGAUCCGGUUAGUUAUCUUAAGCAACAGUUUGGACCAAUCGGUUCAACCAACUAUUGGCAACUAAUUGAUAGUUUUAUGCAAAUUGCUGUCACAAACAACAACAACAACAACAGCAAUGUUAGCAUAAAUGAUAAGUUGAUUCAAUGUCCUAAAGAUUUUGCCGAUAAAAUGUGUGAUUAA